UGGCUAAACGUCCUCGUAGUCCUCGUAGAGCCGCCACCGCGAGCGCUCCUAAGAGAGAAGAUAACGAGAGAGGGAGUGUGAACGAAAAGGAGAGGGAGGAAGGAAGAAGAUCACGACGACGACGGUCGGUCGGUGAACAGAGAAAGAGAAGGAGAUUGAGAAACGUAGAGAGGGAGAGAGAGAGAGAUAGAUAGAGAGAGACAGACAACAGGACAGAUAGGUGUAGUUACUUUUGCUGUGGUGGGAGAUAGAUAGAUAGAUAGAUAGAUAGAGAGAGAGAGAGAAAGGAGAAAGUGGGAGUGAGUAGAGUAAAAUAAGAGAGCAAGAGGGGAAAGAAAGAUAAGUAGGGAUGAACAGAGUGAGAGAGAAAUAGAAAAAGAAAGGGUAAAAGAGAGAGAGAGAGAGAGAGUGAUACUUGCGAGAGAUCAAGCGAAAGACGACGACGACGAAGAGGACGAGGACGAGGACGACGAUACUUCAUAGGCGAGUACGCGCGUGGCGAUAUACAAUACUCGUGGCAUCUUCUCUCUCGAUACUACGCUGGUGGUGCGCUUCGAAGCCGGUUUCUGUAUUAUAUGUUGUUCGUGCAUUUGGAAUCCCCGUUGCUGGGACGAGUUCUCGUGGCGUUUCUCUCGAUCGGACGCCGCCAUUGUUAUCGUCCGCGUUUGAAAAGAGAAGACGGCGGCUCGGUCGCGUCAUUUUUGUCAUUUUCUUCCCUUAUUUCUUGUAUUAUUGUCACCAUCUUUAUUCAACGUAUACUUGUAAUAUAUCACAAACUAUAAGUAUAUUUAUCUUCUUUACUAUUAUAAUUUGUUUUCCUUGAAAAAAAUAAAAAAGAUAUAGAAAGCCGGUUUAUAUUAUUAACAAACAAGCCGGUAUUAUGACAAGGAAAAAGUGUACUUUUAACGAAUAACACUUAUCCAAGAUUCUUGUUAUUUUGGUUUCCUUACCCCAACGCGGAUCUCCCUCGUUUCUACGCCUUUGCACGUUUGACAGGUGCGUUCGAGAACCGCGUGAACGAGAAAGAGAAAGAUCCAGUGGAAGGGACGAUAAGAUCGGUUUUAAAAGGGAGAGAAAAAGAAAAAGGGAGGGAGGGAGUGAGAGAGAGAGAGAGAGAGAGAGGGAGAGAGAGAUAGCCAAGCAGCUCCUCGACACUCCGUGCAGUUUUAUUGUUUUCCUUCUACCAGUAAUAGUUGGAAGGGCAAAAGAAAGAGAGAAAAAGAAGGGAGGGAAGAAAGGUCGGUCGUGAGAUCGAGAAAACAGAAGUGAAAGAACGAGAGGGACGAUAUUCUCUUCUCUUCUCUUCUCGUCCUUGCUGCUGCUGCUUGUUGUUCUUUGUCGUUGAACCGACCCUGGCAUUUUUCCUUCGGUGGUAACCACUACUUACCGCAUACCGCAACCCUUUGGUUGCUUCUUGUACUACAACUUCGAGAAAAGGAAAAAAUAACGAACGUUAGAAGGGCCAACAAAUUUGUAAGAAGAUAGAAUUAAAGAAGGAAAAAAAGAUAGAUAGAAAGAUCGAAAGAGAACAAGGAAAAAGAAAAGGAGCCAGUGUUCUCGUGUACACAGUGUCCAGUGCAUUAUGUGAUUGUUUUCCCAGCGACGCGCUUUCCUCGGCCACCGGUGAUCGAUUCGAAGAGCGUGAAGGAUGCAGGGACUGACGUUCCCGCGUCGGAAAGGGAGAUUCACCCCGUCUUCGUCAUCCUCGUCGUUACUAGUUCUACUCCUACUGCCACUAGCCGAACUACCCCUAGCGAACGGUUCUUGUGAGUUUCCAGCAAGUUGGGCAGGAGAAUGGUAUCAAUACGGAAUACCGGUACCCAUUAUCAUAAAUACAACGAUGUUAGGCGAAAGAAAAUGUGUGGAAAGAAGAAAAGACAAAUUUAUCACGUUCUUCCGUUUCAGCGGUGAAAAAUGUUACCAUUGUAUGAUCAUUACUGCCAGGCACGAAAACGUCAUUCAAUUUCGCGAAGGAUUUUGCAAUUCGGAUAUAAUGGAACUGGAAGCAAUGUGCUCGAUGAUAACCUCGGACGAUAUUUUAUACUCUAUGUUUCGGAUAAACUCUAAACCCAUACCCUGCCCAUUCAACGGCCCUCCAUUCAUGUUUUCGUAUAACCGAGGACACGGUGAAUGCGUUUUACCUAUAAGUUUGGCCGAAAGAUGCACGGACGAGAGUAAACUUCUUCUUAAAUAUCAGGCCUGUCCCGACAUCGAUGGAACCGAAAGUAACACGGAGGAGUUGCAGUGCUUAGCCGUGUGGAACGACGGUGGACGGAAUAAAUAUUUAGUGGGUACGCUAAAGGGAAGAAAUGCCGUUGCUACUGAAGUAAUAUUUAGGUGCUUUUUGUACGAAGAGAAACAUCAUCAGGGAAAAGUGAUGUACAUGCUUGCUCAUUCCGGAGAACCUACUUGCAAUGGUUUGACAACUGUAUCCGAAGCUUCGCUCACUAUAAAACUUACAAAAGUGGACAGAGAACACAGCAGGUGCAAAUAUCCAUCGUGGGUCACGCAACAUCACGAUUGGUAUUCGUUGGAUGGCACCAAAAGUUAUCAUUUUACAAACAAGAAUGCAACGCUCAAAGUAAAAGCCCAAGAAACCGAUCGGGAAGCAUACCACGAGGAAAAAAUUGUCUGUCAUAAUUUAGAAAAGAUGCAUCCAAACGAUAACAUGCAGGGUCACAAAGUUAAGGUGAUCGCUCAUGUGACCAGCGGAUGUGACAUCGGUUAUGUGUGCAUGAUAUUCCAUAAAAGGGAUGGACAUAUUAUUGAAAUACAACAAUCCGCUCAAAAAGCAAUUAUGCCGGAUGAAGUUUGCUCCCUGUGGGAUCCCUCAAAUAUGCCUUAUACGACUCUAAUAACUUCUUUUCUACAUCAAAGAAAGUGUUCACACCCCGGUCGGUACUCUAUCAUGGAUUUUGCCCCUUCAAAUGUAUUCUCGACUACUCCCAGACGACAGCGUCGUAGUGAGAAAUCUUCGAAAACGGCAAAAAGAAGGACGUGGCAGGACGACAUUGAAGAUGAAGAGUGUAGAAGUACUGAUAUUCAAAUAGGAUGUAGUUCUUCCGAUCAAAAUGAAAUGGUAAUUGCAAAUACUUGUGAACAUGAAGAAAUAGCAUAUUUGUGUCACGGUAGUUGGGAAGAAAAAGGAAUCUGGUAUACUAUAGUAUCAAAAAAAAGUAAUGAACUCAUGACCGACCAAGAACAACAAACGUAUUGUUUCUCAAUGCGGCCUGGAAUAAAUACAGAAAAAAUUCAAGAUAGGAGUAGAUCGUUACAGCAAGAACAAGAGACGUGGCUUUCAAAGCCAACACGCUUUUGUCAGAGAAAUGAAACUAAUGAAUGGACGUACAGACUCUCAAGUCAAGGUGUCUGCGAAGAUUUAAUGAAAGCAGCUUCGAGUAUAGCACCACCUACUUUCUCGUUAAGUAGUAGUACGAUUAUCGUUACAAUAUUCAUUACGACAUAUACGAUAUUGUUUAGAUGAUUCGACAUGAAAGGCCUGUAGAUAUUGAUUGGUACUCAAAUUAUAAACUGCAUUUAGCAGCAGCAGUAGCAGCAACAUCAGGUACUAACAAACCGAUCAGUCGAUAUAAUAUUAUUACUACAAGGUGUACAAAUAAAAAAAAAGUUAUCGGUCUUCUUAAAUGAAAAUAAUUAUUUAUUUAUUUAAAAUAUAUGAAGAUAGAUAGAUGUUAAUCGUGAAAAUAAUCUCAUUUUACUUUUAUAUACCUCUCGGGCAAAUGGCGAUUUUUAGUUGAUAAAAUCGGUAAUGCAUUUUUCUUAUUUCUUCGAAAGUUUUAAAAUGGCUAUCGCUUUUUUAGCAGAAUGGAAAUAUGUUGUUGGGUAAUUCCUAAUGCAGUAGAAAACUCUUCUUGAGUUUGACAAGAAUUUUUGUCCAACAACUAUUCCAAAUUCUUAUUUGCCAAUUUUUUAAAUGGUCUUACUUUCUCGUCAUACUCGUGGUCGAAAUUUUUCUACUUUGGAAUUUUUAGAAAUAAUUCUUGACAAUCCUGAUGGAUACAUCUUUUCUCGAUGCUUCACAUAUCAUAUCUUUAGCCUUGGAAAUAUUUUUUUUCAACCCGAACGCGAAAAGCAUACAGUGCCUAAUAUGCGCCUUAUUGUAACUCAUUUUGUUUACUGUGCUAACGAUGAAUAUUUUAAGAUUAUGUUAUACUUUUAAUCCGGCAAUAUAGUCUAAUAGAUUGAUAUUAUAUAGCCCUACAAUUAGUGAGAAAAUGUUUUCGUUCAAAUAUUUAAUAUAGUCGUUUUAAUUCUUAAACCGAGAACUUAUUUGUACACCUAAUAUUAUUAUUAUUAUUAUUAUUAGUAUUAGUAUUAUUAUUAUUUUAUUAUUAUCAUAUUAUUAUAACAACAAAGGGAUUGAUAAACAUCGAUAAUUGAGAAGUUAUAUUUUAAACUUUUGAAAAAUUGCUAGUUUUUAAUAGUACAGGAUGAACAAGAUACAACUAAGGAACGAUUAUAAGUAAAUUAUGAAGCUGCAAAGCAGUCAUAAAACUCUUUUAUAUGUUCAAAGGCUGUUGCACGGUUAUUUAUUAAAACAAAUUAAUUUCUCUCACUGUUCAAAUACUUGUUAUUAAAGUAUUUUAUUUUUAUAUACAUAUUAGGGAAUGUUUAUCCUGACAAAAUAGCUUGUGAGUUUUCAAUAACAUCAUAGAUUUGUGCUUACGGUUUAAAUAGAAGUUGGUACUUAUUCUUCUCUCUCUCUCUGCCUCUCUCUCUGUCUCUCUUUCUCUCUUUCUCUUUCUUUCUCUUUCUUUCUAUCUUACACACUUUUUCCGAUAAAGUAUGUAACUGUACGCGUAACUAUUGAUGCUCUGAAGUUUUAAAAAUAUAUUUUAUAUUUCUAUACCUAUAACGCGCGCGCGUUUAUACUGUUUAAUAUCAAUUUUGUACGCAAUAAUUUGUUAGUAUCUCUGCAACGAUAACUCUAAGGGUUACAACAUGACAAAUGUCGAAUAUUUCAAUAUUUGCAGCAUCAAAGCAGAUACAGGUUGAUCUUAGUUUAGCAUAAAUUGUUGUUACGUAUGUAUAUGCAUAAUAUAUCGUAGCAGUAUUUUUGUUUUAACACAAUAUAACAUUGGCACGUACUGCCCGUUCCUAGUAGUUCUUGAAACGAAAUUAAAUAAAACAAAAUAUCCUUCUUUUAUACUGGAAUAGAGUACAAGUUAAUAACGAAAUCUUUUCGACAAAAUGAUUCUAUAUAAAAACAUUCCAAAUAUUAUUUCAUCUUAUCGAUGAAAAAAAAGUUCAGGCACAAAAAUUUUAAAUAGAGAAGAUAAGAUUCUGGUGCAUUUAUUAUAAUCAUUAUUAUAUUUAAUUGAUUAAAUAAUUUUUGUUUUAUUUCAAGUUGACUCGUAAGUUGUUAAUUACAGUAUAUAUUUUUCUUUUUUAAUAAACAAUCUUUACACACCACAUCCCCCAACAUUGUAUCGUUGGGAAGAUUUUCACAAAUUAAAUAAAUAUAUAUAAAUAUCUUUUAACACAGAAAAUGUUAAAAAAUAUAUCUAGUUUCUUAUAACAGCUAUAGAUUAUAAGCAACAGUCUUUGAAUAAAAUCAGUUCUAGAGUUGUAGGGUUUAAAAAUUGAUGUAAAUUAUUAAUAAUAAUCGAGCUAUUGUAAAUAAAACCAGGGUAUAAGUAAUCUAACACUAACUUCAUUUGUUUUAUACUCAAAUGGAAAUGAAGUAAUAAUAUGUAAUUAUAAAUUAUAACUAAUUAACAUGAUAAGCUGAUUUAAAUGUAAUAGCGAAUGAACAGUUUUUAUCUUUUAGCUAGUUAUACAUACAUAUGUGUGUACAUCUGUAUAUAAUAAUUUAAAUAUUGUAUAAAGACUGUUUUUAAAGAGUAAAAAGUUUACAGCUCUCGACUACGUCUAGCUAAUGAAAUAAAAAAAAGAAAAGAAAGGAAGGAAGCUAGCAGCUAUACGUGGCUUCGGGCGCGUCUUUUGAAAACGAUUUUUGAUUUAAGAUAUUCUUGAAAUUAAAAGUAUCUGUCUUUUCUCAAUAAUUAAUAAGUUUCUAUUAAAUAGCAUUGAAUGAACGAUGACCAAAAAGAAAAGUGGUCUCUAGAUAAAUACAAGAUUUAUACUUAACUUUUGAAAUAAAAUGCUUUGUCUUUUACAUAAGGUUAGUGGAUGUAGAGAGAUAUAGAGAAAACAAUCCUAGAACAUAAAUCACUUUUAACAACGAAUCUUUGGUCGUUUUAAACGACUAUAUAUCUGUUUCAUUUAAUUCUGUUCGAUAUGAUAUUCUUUAUAUUAUAUCUAAUAUUUUAUUCCUAUCGCACUAUUAAACUGGUGUCAAUUUUCUUUUAGUCAUCUUCAUUUAUAAUUUACACUGGUCACUUUUUUUCGGUAUACAGUCAUAAAUUUUGAAAUUACAUAUUAUCUAUGUAAGAAUAUUUUGCCUCACGAAACAAUAAAAGAAAA